AUGUCGAACCUCCCUUCCAACGUCAACAUAUCAAAGCACCCAUGCCUAAGGGCGAAGCUGUCGCAGCUCCGAUCGAAGUCGGCGAAUGCUCGCGAAACAAAAGACCUCGUCCAUGAAGUAUCCCUGAUACUGGGAACCCAGGCAUUGGCAAGCUUAGAAGUCGUUUCAGCUGGCGCUGACGAGUCGCCCAUAGGGUUCCAAUAUGACUUUGAGACCAUUUCGCCUCAGAAGAUUACCAUUGUCCCGAUCCUCAGGUCUGGCCUGGGCAUGCUAGAUGCUCUGCAGACCAUCCUCCCUUUUCCGGUCUCAGUACACCACCUUGGCCUGUUUCGCGAGAAGAUCUCUUUGCAGCCCGUCGAGUACUACAACAACCUUCCACAGUCGCGAGACGCUGUUGCCAAGCUCGCCAUCAUAGUCGAUCCGGUCAUCGCAACAGGAGGAACAGCUGCUGCAGCCAUCCAGACAUUACGCGAAUGGGGCGUGGACCGCAUAAUAAUGAUUGGCAUACUGGGCGCAACGGAAGGUGUCAUUCGUGCUGCUGAGGAGUGGCCAGAAGGGGUGGAGAUCUGGAUGGGCGGUGUCGACCAGUCUUUGACGGACAAGGGAAUGAUCAAUCCCGGCUUGGGUGAUAUUGGUGACCGAUUGUUCCUCACGCUUGGGAAAUGA